AUCCAGUGUUGAUGUUGCACUGAUAAAAUGUCACAGCAGACAGGUGGACAUCCUCCAUCUGCAACAGUGACCAACCUAAAUGUGAGUGUGGUCGGAUCCUUUCUCAGCCCGCCAUGUUUGUUUGUGUUCAGCUGUGCAGAGUCCCAGUCCGUUCCCCUCUACUUGGAUGUGGACACCUCCUCUUUCUACACAGAGCUCAGUCUGGCACAGGCGUCUCUGUGGUGUGUGACUGCUCUGUGGUUGACUCAGUCCAUCCUGGCUUUCCUGCGGCUCUACCACUCUCACAGCCAGCACAUCAGCGGGCCAUGUCGUCCCCGAGAGAAGGAGCUGCUGCUGGGACACAGUCCAUCUGAGAGCGGCUCCCCCUCACCUACUCCAGCAACAACCAACCUUUUAGUGUAACUGAGUGUGUAUGAGGUAGUGAUAUAACUCCACCAUCUAAAUUUAGUUUUAAACCCAAUUUUUUUACCACUCUACAGUUCUUACUACUGCAUGUAGAUUGAACUUCCAAGUAGGGCUGAAUGAUUUUGGGAAAUAAUCUUUUAACUAAUAUUGCAAUUGCGAUUUAAUAUGCAAUUAUCUUUUAAGCUCUUUAUCUUCUAUAUUAUUCAAAACAGACAAGCAAUAAAUCAUUGUAUGUUAUGACCAACACAACAUUGGAUAGAUUAAACAUACACUGUUCUUUCCUGUAGGCCACGCCUAUAUGUUAUGAUAAAAUUAGGUGAUGCAUGAAUUGUGUGAAUUAAUAUUCUAAGCAAUGGUAUCAAAUUAUAAUGAUUUCACAGAAAGGUAAUUUGAGUCAAGUCAUAACAUAAUAUUAUCAGGUAGGCCUACCUACAGAUGACAAGAAAAACUAAAUUAACCUUAGUGUGUUAUACAGUAAGUGCUCAAUACAAAACCCACAGUUCAACCACCAGUUAAUUCGUCCUUAUCUCGGUUCAAAUCUCCACAAGAGUCCAUCUCUCAACAAAAACCUCCUUUUCUGGAUCCCAGCAAGCAAACAAACAAACAAAAAUACUCAGACUGAGGUUUAAUACAAAAGUUGGCCAACGAACUUAAACCAGGUGACGACUCUCAUGUCUAAUAGACAAACUUAGUGAUUGUCCGAUGCUGCUGAUGAGCAGCGCAGUUGCGCACCAGGCUGUAACUCAGGAGAGACUGGGCCUCAUUCGGACUGGUGAGUUUGGUUUGAAACGCCAUCACAGAUAUUCCUUGAGCUGACUGGUGGCUGGCUGUGUGUGUGUGUGUGUGUGUGAGUGACACAUUGCGUUUGUAAUACGCUAACCAUACUACACGUGUCUUUCUGUUGUGCAUUUUCCCUGUCCACCAAAGUGGCGGAUGGCCCGACGAUUUCACCCACCACACCACUGCCAACAAUUUACCCGCAUUUGGCAGGUGCAAAUUAAAUUCUUUGUUUGACACUAAGGUUUCUGCGGUUCUGCCAAGCCUGAUGCCAUUGUACAGGUCAAGGUCCAGCUUAACUUGCGAAGUUGAUGCUUCCUCUGAAGACUGCUUUACUCUCGAGUGUCACGUGACCAGAGUGUAAUUGCAGCCUUUGCAAUUAGAAAAUCUUGUUUUAUCAUAUCGGGAUAUUAUCACAAAUGCAAUUAAUCGUUCAGCCCUACUUCCACGUAUGGUUUAGAAGAUAACAUUAAAUGGAUGUUUUUAUUUUAUAUAAUUGAUAUAAUAGAGCCUGACCGAUAAGUUGUGUAUGUCAGCUGAUAAGUAACAAGAAACUUGAGUAUAGAAAUGCCAAAGAUGUGUCAGGUAAUUUAGAAAGGGUUAAAUAUAGUCUGUCCUUUAAGAGAGCACUGACUUUUACACUGUAAAAUCUUUUUCAAUGUUGUCUCUUCAUAGUAAAAAAUGAUCCUCCAAUACUUCGUUAAAAGAUUUUUUAAAUCUCAAAUAUUGAAAUUGGUACUGGACUCCAAAAUCCAGCAUUAGUCAGACUAUAUUAUAUAAUGACAUGAUGUUUGAGCCAGGCCAACAUCACUUACAUGAAACUGUCAUCCCAGUUUGCCCUGCCUCGUGCAAGCACCCAUGACCUCACAGUGACACCACAACUUAGCCCCAGUUUGUGCCUCUUGAGUAUUUAUUACAUUUGAUAGUAAGGAUCUAUUUUUCUGAAUGAUAAAAAAAAAAAAAAAAAAAUCCUCAAAGAUUCCUGAAGAAAUAUUCAGUCCGCUGCAUGAUCAAAAAGAUUUAGUUGUGACUUUAUUCUGAGUUGGAGAUAUUCUGACAGCGACGAUAAAAGAACUACAAGUGUCAACAAACUGUUGGCAAAAUAGCUGCAAAGCUUCGAUUACUGCAUAAAUGAUUAUAUUAAUUAUUAUAUUAAUUAUUAUAACACCAAUACAAUAGAUUCAGCUAAUUUAAAAGGAUCUAUACACCGUGUGUUUGUAUCAAGCUCCAAAUACAUAACACAACAAAAUAAUCCAAAUUAAGCUAUUUUGUCUUGAAAUAAUCAAUGUAUAAUAAAUAAGUAACACUGCAAAAUCAGAAUAAUGGGAGGUUUUGCUGUUCUCUACAUAUUGAAUAUUGUUUCAUAUGUAUGGUUUGAAGAGUCUUAAAGGAUUGUGGAAGUGUUGUUAAACAGGGAAUUUAUUUUUUCGGGAAAAACUGAGGCUUCGCUCUUGUGACUCCAUUGUAACAAUGUGCACUCACUGGGACUAAGCUCAGCACUGUGUUGGGACAAAAAGGGAUUUUACAGAAGACAAAAGGAAACACUCAUCAGAAUAGCUGAAGCAGAUGUAUUCAGUGAUCUAAUAGCCACAGUGUUAUCAGAUGCUACUGCUUAUCCCUGUCAUUUGACCUCAAGCAACCAGAUGGUGUUUUUCCUGCAGUCUGUUUAGAAUAUAUUUAAUAUGCAUGGUUGUUUACAUUUCAUCUGGAGUCUGACAUUUUGCACAGUUGUGUCCUCAUCAGGGAGAAUAUAGUUUUGUCGACUGUGAAUAUUCAGAUGUAGCACUGAGGCGCUUUUAUUGUGAAGCAUGUGGUGAAGUGAAACUGAGCCACCGUGUACGAGAAACAGGCUCACUAUGUGAGCAUGACCUGAACGUUUCAUUGUGUAACGGAAAAAUCACUGCUGGCCUUCUCUGCUCUUGUGACGAUUGUUAUUAUGAUGCUGUUUGUCUGGACACUGCCACUCUCAGGGCGUUAAUGAAGCAGUCAAAUCUCCUCUACUUCUCUCCUUAGAGUAUAAUUUGGAGGUAAACCAUCAAGGAUCUGUGAUGGUUUUUGUAUUGAGAGAGAUUUAUGUGGAGCCCAAAAGGGUCAGUGAAGAGGAAAGAAUUUACUAACUUUGCUGAGUUUUUAAAAAAACAAAAAAGUGAUUCAAAGUUGUUUCUAAACUUCUUUCCUGUUAUCAUUGACCCGAGUGGUUGUAAUGAAACACAGACAGCGGAGCAAGAAAUCUGAAGUAAAGAGAGAUGAGCCAAUAAUGUCACCUGAAAUUAAUUGUAAUAUAUAAAAUGUAUUUUGUAUUAUAACUGCCAGUGGUCUUCACCUCUUAUCUCUUAUACCUGUUUGUGCUUAUUCACAUUCAUGUUUAUUGCAUUUGUGUUUGUUGAAUAAAAAGCUUCUCGUUAUGAAA